AGAGUCCAACCUCUUACUUGUACACUCAUCUUCGGUAUGUGUGUGUGUGUAUGUGUGGUGAACUCUAUGGAUGGACGGUAUUGUUUAACAAAAAUUGUAAAAAAUCGUUUUCGAAAUGGCCACAGAGGUAAUGAAAACUUUUAGUGCCCUACAAGAAGAGCUGCAGAAGGCUAAAGAAGGGCUAAGAAAUGUAGACAGUAAUAUUAAACGCAUCAUUGGAAGGGACCCGGAAGCCCAGCCUCCAGGACAGGGGCCACCAAGGCCUGGCCAAAAGAGACCUGCAAAUCAAAAUGAAGAGUUUUAUGGCCGAGGUAGAGGAUCUUUCCAAAUGGGUGGAGGAAGGGGAAGAGGAGGGCCUCCUGGAAGACAACAGGAUGACGAAGGGCCACCAGGGUUACGCGGUCGGCUUGGAGGUAGAACUGGGACAGUGUUUAGCAGGCUGUCAGGACCUCCCAUGAAAUAUAUAAAGAAAGAGAAAGAUGAUGACGAAUACUCAGGGCCGCCCUUGAAGUUCUAUAAAAGAGAGGAGGAAGAUGAUGAUGUAGAGGAUGAGGAUGUGCAAUUUACCAAACCUGCUAUUAGCUCUAGAGUCAUACCUCAAACUCGAGAACUUCCGUCGAAAGAAGAUAUUCUGGCAGCUCAGGGGGAUGAGCGCAGCAAGGCAAGAAAUCGAAGAAUGUUUGGAGCUCUUCUGGGAACACUUCAGAGGUUUAGACAAGAAGAAACUAGAAUGAGAGACAAAGAAGAUAAAAGAGCAACUGUUGAAAAGAAAUUAGAAGAGCAAGCAAAACAAGAAAAAGAAGAAAUGAAGAAGGAACGUCAAGAACUAUUCCAUGACAGACGUCGUAAACAGCAAGAAAUACGCCGCAUUGAAUUUAAAAUUCAGCGAGUUAAGGAACAAGAUCAAUGGGAAGCUCAGCACAGACCAUUAUUAAACUUUAUUCAAACUAAAGCAAAACCAUCUUUAUUUUAUCUACCAAAAAUUCAAAAUACGAAGACUGAAGAAAGACUUGUUGCCAGUCAGAAACUCAUUGCUAAAAUGAUGGAAAAGAAGCGAGCAACUGUUCAGGAAGAAUUGGAACGCUUUGAGGGUAAUGCACAGAUUAAGACUGAAAACUCUACUGAACAUCAAUUUGAAGAUAAGGAUGAAGAUAUGGAAGCAGAAAAUGGCCCUUCAGAAAAUAUUCCUGGAUUAGAAGAUAUACCUGUAGACAGUCCAGUUGAAAACAAAGAAAAUAGGCUGCGAUCAAUAAAUGUCAAAGUUGAAAAAGAUAAAGAUGCUAAGGUGAUUGAGGUAGAAGCAGAUGGAAACAAAACUGAUGGUGAGCACUCAUCUGAUCUCCAUAGGCAAGCUCCAGGUAUGGUAAAUCGUUGGUACCAACGGGAUUCACGUGAACAUAGAGAUCAGCGCGACCAUCGUGAUCGCUCCAGAGAUCGUCAACGGCGUGAAUUCCAGCAUGAUAAGGAACGUAGCAAAGAUAAGGAAAUGGAUCGUGAUAGAGGCAGGGAGCGGGAAAGGGAGAGAGAGAGGGGCCGGGGAAGGGAAAGAGAGAGGGUGAGAGAGAGGGAAAGGAGAAAUGACAGGGAAGAUAAAGUGGAGGUGAAGAAAGAAGAUGAUGAGAAAUGGGAUAGAAAGAGAGACAGGCGUAAUAGUAGUGAUACAAAUGCGUUGGAUGAUGAUGAUGAAACGUUUGAAGAGAAGAAAGAUUCCCCUGCCAAUGAUGCGCCUGAGCUCAGUUCUAUAUCUCUUCCUGGUGAGCAAUCAUCUCCUCUGCACCAUUCACAAGAUGAGCAAGAUGACUGAGCUUACGAAAGCUUACAAAUUUGAAGCUUUGGAAUGUCAAGAGUUUUUAGUAAUUUUAACUUUGAUUGCAAUUGUCUUUCCUCGUAAUAUGAAAGAUUGCAUUCUUUUCUCAAUCUAUGUUUGUAUAAUUAUUUGUGCAUGGCUAAUGUUUGUCCAUCACUGUGUUAUCCAGAGAUCAUGUGUAUUGGAAAUGGCAGAGAAGUUGACAAAUAACCACUCUCUGUUCAGACAUCAUAGGUUUCUCAAAAGAGCUUGGUGGUUAAAAUUAUAAUUUGCCUCAUGUAUCAUAGUUUUGUUUGAGUGGUUCAAUCUCCUUACGAUUGUGAUGUUUUCCUUGUCAUCCAUGUUUUGCAUGUUUUCCAAGCUCUACAGUAUUUUGAAACAAACACAAUUUUCAUAUUUCCUGCUGUUUUUACUUUUUUUUUGGACAACCCUUACAGUGUGGACAAUAUCUUUGUCCAAUGAACAACACUCUUACUGUUUUGAUAUGGACUGAAUAGGCAAGUUGUGUCUACUCAUUAAGGAAAAUCUGUCUUAGUCUAUGCUGCCCUGGUCUUUUAUGAUUCAAUUGUAAGUGACCCUAUUUUGCCUAUUUUGUUUGGUCAAGUUUGGUUAUAUUUCUGAAUAAGUUACUGCCAUAUCAUCUGGACAAAACAUUUAAAACAUUUUUCUAAUCCAUUUACCAUGAAUGAAAUCAAACAACAUGCAUGAUAAAUACGGUAUUUCAACUUGGUUUCUUAUAAGUUUUUUUUUUUUUUUAAAUCGGACAAUUAUAAGUGAAAAUUGACAUUCAGCCAUAUUUUCAGUUGUGCUAUGUUUUACAUGUGCACAUACGUCAGAUGUUCUAUUGGUCUUAAUUAUUUAGUUUAUGAAGGGAAAGAAAAGAUAUUUGUAAAGUUAUCAUAAUCAUCUUUGUCUAUGUCAAUCUAUUAUAAAUUAUGUGAUUAAUCCCUUGCAAUUUUCAUUAUUUGCCUCGUAUUUUGAGAUCAAUGUGAGCCCUCAAACCAGUUAGUGAUACCUGUGUUCUACGCAUUUCAUUGAAAGAGGAAAUUCUGUUCUGUCCAUAGAUUAAAAAAAUAUCAAGAGGUAAAUCUACACAUUUCAAGUAGGAAUUUUAAUUUGGCUUACAUUAACUUUGUAUGAGUUCCAGGUUUGUUUAGUUACAUAAAUUUCUUCUGUAUUGUUACCAUUUUAUUUCUCCUAAGUAGAUGUAAAUUAAUAUUUGUCUAGCUCUUAAGGUGUAUCAGUUUUCGUUUUCAACGAUAGGUGAAUUAACUGCAAUGGUUGCAAUUAAUCUAGUGUUGUCAAUACACUUCAUUUACAUUACAAACAGGGAGAUAAUGAUUGUUAUUGCGACCACUUGUAAAUGUAUCUGCAAUCAAAAGUCUCUGUCCUUGUGUUCUUUUUUCUAUCUGUAAGGCAUGAAGUCAAUUAUUGCCUUUCGUUUUGUAUACAAUACUGCAAUAUAUGCUGAUAUAUAUUAAA